UGAUGAUCUCUCCGUCAGGAUUUUCCCCCUGACGGCUACGUUUUCCAGAUCGAAUAUGACGCCGAGGCCCUCCAAAACAACGGGUCUGUUGUGGGGAUCAAGUGCAAAGAUGGCAUUGUUAUGGGCGUGGAGAAGUUGACAGCUAGCAAGAUGAUGCUAAGCGAUUCCGUUCAUAGGCGUACUGUCAUGGCUGUAGCUGGCUUAGGUGCUGAUGGUGCACGAAUUUUUGCACGAGCAAAGUCGGAGGCAGCCAAAUAUGAGAAGUUUGUUAUUCUCUCCUUUCUUCUUGUUCCAAAUGCUGCUUUUAUUAUCCUAUCUACUUUGUUGCUAAAAGUGGAAUGCAAAGUUAUGUUCAGUGAACCAAUACCUUUGAAAGAACUCGUUGAACGUGUUCCUAGCUAUGUGCACUUGUAUACCUCCAUUGGUUGUGUAGGUAAAGGUAUUAUGGCGCUGCGAUUGGAAAAGGCAAGCAAGCUGCUAAAACAUAAACAUAUUGAGAAGUUGAAGCUUUCAGACAUGACAUGUCGUGAAGGAGUUUUGGAAGUAGCCAAAAUCAUUUACAAGGUACAUGAUGAAGCAAAGGAUAAGGGGUUCGAACUUGAACUGAGCUGGGUCUGUAACGAGUCAGAGAGAAUACAUCAAUAG